ACAGAGUCAAAUGCCCGGUCCGAUGCAAGCUCUGUCCCCCAAUGGAGAGAACAACAACGACAUCAUUCCGGACAGCAACGGCACCAACAUCAUUCCCUACAGAAAGAACACAGUGCGUGGAGAGCGCGCCUACAGCUGGGGGAUGGCGGUCAAUGUUUAUUCUACCUCAAUCACCCAGGAGACGAUGAGCAGGCAUGACAUCACAGCCUGGGUGAACGAUCUGCUCUGUCUAAACUACACUAAAGUGGAGCAGCUGUCAUCAGGAGCAGCGUACUGUCAGUUCAUGGACAUGCUGUUUCCCGGCUGCAUCAGUCUUAAGAAGGUGAAAUUCCAGGCCAAGCUGGAGCAUGAAUAUAUCCACAACUUCAAACUCCUGCAGGCCUCCUUCAAGAGGAUGAACGUUGAUAAGAUCAUCCCUGUAGAGAAGCUUGUCAAGGGACGGUUUCAAGACAACCUGGACUUCAUUCAGUGGUUCAAGAAGUUCUUUGACGCCAACUACGACGGGAAGGAGUACGACCCGGUCCAGGCCAGACAGGGCCAGGACGCCAUUCCCCCUCCAGAUCCCGGCGAGCAGAUCUUCAACCUGCCGAAGAAAUCCCAGCAUGCCAUCAGCUCUCCCACCGCAGGAGCUACUAGAUCAACUAGUUCAACCCCUAAAUCCUCCACCUCCACCUCCACCUCCCGACCCUCCUCUGCCAAAAAGAUCCCUGUGAUGUCAGCAACACCUGCUAAAGGAGAGAAGGAGCUGGAAGCCCAAGUAACACAACUAAAUGAACAGCUCAAUACAUUAAAGCUAGCACUAGAAGGAGUGGAGAAGGAGCGGGAUUUCUACUUUGGGAAGCUGAGAGAGGUGGAGCUGUUGUGUCAGGAGCAGGGCCAGGACAACGGGCCCUUCGUGGAGAGACUCAUGGAGGUGCUGUACUCUGCAGACGAGGAGGCAGGCGGAGAGGAGCAUGAGGCUCCGGCUCAGGAGGAGGAUGUCCCUGACGACACACAGGACGAAUACUGAACAGCUAUCAAUCAAACAGACACCUGAACAUACAUGCACUCAGUCAGAAAACUGCUUUUGGGUUCAUUUCCUUCAACUCAUGACGGUUUAUUUCUCAUUUGCUCUCGUGAUAAAGGAAUGAGACAAAUUGGCCAAAUAUUCAAACGUGUCUCUUUUUUUCAUUUUGAAGCCGUUUAAAUUGCAUCUUGAAUAAUUGCAUUAUGAACAUGUCAUCUGACAGCAGCAUAAAUGGUGAAUCUUGUUUGUGUGAAGCCCAUGAUAACCACCGCACAUCAGAUGUGACGUAUCAAACCAUUACAUUUUAAAAUAUUACAACAAGAGUAGCUCAAAGAGCUACCAAUACAGUUUGUGAAAUAUCGCCUCCUGGUAGAUUCCUCAAGAAGACUAACCAUUGGUUACCACGGUAAAUUUAGCAUUAUAACCUAAUGCUCACUGGUAAUAUAAACCAAUGUGAUUCAUUUGGAAACAAUGCUCAAUUUGUCUCCAUAUUAGAUUAAAUAUACUCAUUUUUUUGGCUAAAUGUGUCUCAGCU